AUGUCCACUUCCAACGAAGAAUCUACCCCUGCGCCAACUCCCACACAUCCUGUGUCCAAACACCUUAUCUUUUGGCAGGGCGAAAAGAACCCUCACCCAGAUGUGCACGGCUUGUAUAAAAAACGCCUAGAUUGGAGAGCACUCAACUCCAUGCGAAAGGAAGAGAGAGAAAAGUUGGUGAUUCAACGUGCCAACUUUUUCUAUCACUGUUUUCCACUACCCCAUUCCAUUUCUAGAGCCGCCCGGGUCCAGAUUUUCGGAACACGGAUGAAAGCUGCGAAGGCUGGAGAUUUGGGUAAGGAAGGAUCUGACCGACCAGAAAGAAUGCUAUUCGAUAUUUUGAACGCAAAAUACAAAAGAGAGAAAGAUGACUGGGAUUUGUUUAAUCAUCAAUACGAUGAGCCAUUAAAACUUCAACCCGAACAAGUCGAAAAAGGCUUUCAAGAGACCAUUGCGAAGUUUGAGGAAACUGAGCUCUGUAGACGAUUCGAAAGCUUUUUCGAGGAACUUUGCAAAGAUGUAAAGUUUGACAAGAUUGUUGCCUUUGGAACUGGCCCAAUCGGUGUACGCCACGCCGGAAGUUCAUCAAUUCGAGUAAGAAACCAGGUUCAGCAUGCAAGCAUGUUGACAAUUCGACGAGUCUGGGAGCGCUACCACCCAGGAAAGAGACUUUCAAUCUACCUCCAAGAUCCUGCGUACAACGAACGUUGCGUAGAAGUUGCAGACAAAUACAACAUGCAAAUCGUUGAUGGUGAUUUUGGUCAUCAAAUGGGCUGGCUCAAAAUUGACAAAUCGACCUUGGUUAUGGGAUUUUCUUGCGCCUUCCCUGAUGCACAACUGGUGUCUGAAAUUGCAAGGCCAGCAGCUCUUUACUUCACGGGGGCGGUAGUAGAGGAUUUUACUAAACUCAAAAAAAGUGAUCCGACCCGGUUUUUCUCUUUCACACUCGGACUCCCUGACGGAGGCGUUGUUGAUAUUCCAGGCUUGGGAGCAACUCAGCCAUUUUGGCCUUCAUUUGAAACAGAGUAUAGUGAGAAGUCACUUAAUGUCAAGGGACUAUCUGUUGGAAAAGAAAAGGAUGAGACGCUGACAUUCGAAGGAUACGGGGGUCACAGUCAUCUUGGAGCUAACCCUAAAUUGUAUAUUCGAAAGUAG